GACGCACGCGUUUGAUCUGGGGCACAAGUGAAUUGGUGCGCUCUCCUCCCGGGACCCUGUAAAACUAUCUAUCACACGCGCCCGCGCGCGCGGAUAUACAUCUAUGCUGAGCUCAAACACCGCACCCACCUCUCCACCCUCGCGCCGCCCCCUGACUAAAGCCAGCGUGCAGCUCUUUCCUCUCGGCUCGGAGGUGUGUUCAGGUCUGUGUGUGUUUGAGCUCAGCUGCUGCUCGCCUGACGGGACGGACUUCUUAUGUCACCAACAACCUAAGUCAAGAAGAAUGAUGCGCGCGCCCGGUGACGCGCGGGAACGAUCUGAUUACUAAGUGGGAGCAGUCACUCUUAGUAGUUCAUCAAUUGAAGUAUCCAGGUUUCUGCGAGUCCCCGUCCCUUCAGAGGCAGAGGAAGGGACGGGAGAACCGGGGAGGCGGACCGUAAAUCUACGCCUGGAUGCGUGGCGAUGGAUUAAAACCUCUCUGGAUCCCGCAACCGCCGCUGGUUUAUGCCCCCUGGCCCUCCAUCCUCCCCGGGAUUAUUUUGGCUCUCGCACACCUCCUCUCCUGUCCUCUCGACAUGACCGAGGACUAUGUCUUCCGGUGCGUCCUGAUGCUCUGCAGCGCGCUCAUCUCCGCCAACGCGAGCAACUGGCUGUACCUGGCCAAGCUGUCAUGUGGGAGCAUCAGGGAGGAGGAGACCUGUGAAAGGUUACGAGGCCUCAUUCAGAAACAGGUUCAGAUCUGUAAGCGCAGUGUGGAGGUGAUGGAUGCAGUGCGGCGUGGUGGGGCACAGCUCGCCAUAGACGAGUGUCAGUUUCAGUUUCGUAAUCGUCGCUGGAACUGCUCCACUCUGGAGACCAUGCCUGUGUUUGGCAAAGUGGUCACCCAAGGGACUCGUGAGGCAGCCUUUGUGUACGCCAUCUCAGCAGCCAGUGUGGCGUUUGCGGUCACUCGGGCCUGCAGCAGUGGAGAACUGGAAAAAUGUGGCUGUGACCACAAUGUGCAUGGAGUCAGUCCAGAGGGCUUCCAGUGGUCAGGCUGCAGUGACAACAUAGCAUACGGCGUGGCCUUCUCACAGUCGUUUGUGGAUGUGAGAGAGCGGAGUAAAGGCCAGUCCUCCAGCCGGGCUCUCAUGAACCUGCACAACAACGAGGCUGGGAGAAAGGCCAUCCUGUCUCAGAUGCGUGUGGAGUGUAAAUGUCACGGUGUUUCCGGUUCCUGUGAAGUGAAGACCUGCUGGAAAGCCAUGCCACCAUUCCGCAAGGUGGGCAACGUCAUCAAGGAGAAGUUUGAUGGCGCCACUGAGGUGGAGCAGCGCAAGGUGGGAUCCACUAAAGUGCUGUUUCCUCGCAAUACUCAGUUCAAACCUCACACAGAUGAAGAUCUGGUCUACCUGGACCCAAGCCCAGAUUUCUGUGACUAUGACCCUCGUACACCGGGCAUGCUGGGUACAGUGGGCCGCCACUGCAACAGAACCUCUAAGGCCAUUGACGGCUGUGAGCUGAUGUGCUGCGGCCGUGGUUUUCAGACACAGGAGGUGGAGGUGGUGAACAGGUGUAGUUGUAAGUUCCACUGGUGCUGUUACGUGAAAUGCAAGCAGUGCCGCAAAAUGGUGGAGAUCCAUACAUGCCGAUGAUGGAGGCGAGUACGCAGAGGGCACCGCUGAUGGAUGAAACAAACACCCCACAUUCCUCCUCAGUUACAGGCUGGAGGGAGCAAAAUGGUCUCAUGAAAGAGAAGAGCUGCCCUGAUUUUAAACCACCCUCCGCAUGCUGGUCAACAAAAUUGGCUGUAAGGCCAAAGGUCAUCCCAUAUAUAUCAUACCACUGUAAUGAAUGUCACUAGAUUAGGUGUUGGACGUGCUAAAAUGCUACAGUCUGGAGACCUUUCACUUCCUGUCGCGUCUGUUCCAUGUCUGGUUUGUCAUUGAUGCUUUUAUUUUUGUAAUCUUUAACUUAUUGGUUGGGACUGAGGAAAUUGGCAGGUACAGUACAAGAAGAAGGGAUGAACCUAGACCAGUGACUGGGCGACUGAGGCGAUCGUUGGGUUCAAAUGUCAGGAUUGGAAAUCUUCUCUGCUUAUGGGACUCACUCGGAGAGCUGGAUGUGUAAAAGGGUCCUGUCCUGAUGAGUCUGUCUGAGGCAGGACUCGUAACUUGUAGCAGAAGAACCAGCUAAACUGGAAUUCUUUACUUUCCCAUUGCCUUGCCCUGAGGCUGCUGUCCUUUGGCUUGCUGGCUGUGCUCCUCUCCCUUAGAGGAGGAAAAUGAAACAUCACUGAGGGCCUCCAUCCUGGUUUCUUAUUGCUGACCAGUAUGACUGGCGGGUGAUGGGCUUCAGAAUAAUGAAACACACACAGUACCUGGGUCUAUCGACUGUUGAACGGGAAUCCUGACUGCUUCUGUCCACCCACCAGAGUGUUCUAAAAAGCUGUCAGGAACCCAAAGGGUUGUUGCCUCUGUGAUGCCUGUUAAAAUCACUAGAUCAUACUGUACCUUUAUUUAGAAAGCACCUUUAAAAGUAUCGAGUACCCACCAGGAUGCUAUACAGAGAACCGUCUUUACCUUGACAAACACACAAAGCCAUUGAUACACCCAUCAAAAGGAACCGUCAUCAAUCUUCACCCCAAGACUGACUACAGAAAUCCUGCAGUAGGCACAUCAGUGUAGUGAUUUGGGACAACCAAAACGGCCUCAGCCUCCAGUCAGUUCAGGUUCAGAAAGUUGUUUGGUAUCCAAACCUUUUCUUCAGACCUUCAGUCUUCGAAUGAGUGAUCACCUGAUUUAUUGAAAUGUAGGUACAGCUGGCAUAGCAGGGACAUUAAAUUCCAUCCAUCUAUCUUCUGCUGCAUCCUGAGAUCCAGGAUGGAGAAACAACAUCUUAAUCAGUAAACCACGCUUUUCUCAGCAACCUCCGUCAGUUCGUUCAGGUAAACUCCAAAGCGUUCCUUCACCAGAUCUUCUGUGUUCAAUGCACAGGAGGGGUUCAGUCACUCCUCCUGAAUGCCUGAGCUCCCCACCUGCUCCCUGAGGGUGAGUCCAGCUAUUAAGAGAAAGAAAUGCAUUGUCUCUGGUGUUUUGGUGGGCUCAGGACCACAGGCCAGUGAUGGCCUAUAGAACCACAGCUCCACCAUUCACCUCAGCCCUGACUUCAGUAUGCCAGAUUCUGGUCCACACAAUGUCCGCACUAAUCUAUCUACAUACCUCGCGCGCGCACACACACACACACACACACACACACACACACACACACACACACACACACACACACACACGCACGCCCGCACGCACACGCACACACACACACACGUAAACUUGCACACCAAUGGAUGAGACUGGGGUGCCAGAACUCCCCAAGAUACUUAUUUCCAACCAAAAGAUGGCAAUCCAUCUUUUUUCAGGGGAGGACCAUGGUAUCUGAUGGCUGGACUAAGUAACUUGUCCACCAAUCAAACCCUGUAGCUGGCUCAAGUCAGUGUAAAACAAUCCUCAUCUGUCAAGUGUGCAGCUGGCAAAUUUUGAGGCAAGGUUUUGUAAAUCCUCCAUGCAUGGAGAGUCUUGGCGAGGGCUUUUCAAUUCCAGGCCUUGAGGGCCGGUAUCCAGCAUGUUUUAGUGGUUUCUCUGCUCCACCACACUAGAUUCAGUGGUUGAAUCACCUGUGCAGCAGCUAAUCUGGCUCUGCUGAUUGAAAUCAGGUGUGUUGAAACUGUUAAAACUAAAAUUUGCUGGCUACCUGCCCUCCAGGACCGGUAGUGAUUACCCAUGGUCUAGAGCAUUCAGUGACACCAGAGCUAAAACACAUUGUUUUCAACUAUUAUCCUCACGUUAUGCUGCUUACACACACACACA